AUGGCGAUGGUGAUGAGAGAAUGGGAAACUACAGAGGAGAUCACGCUUUUGCGGUCGCUAUGUCGAUUCAAGCCAGUUGGUCAAAAUAAACACUUUCAUAUGAUAUCGAUACUUCAGGAGUUGAAUCUUGGGAGAAAUGAUGAGAAGAUUAUAAAAGCUGUCGAUGUUUGGGAGAAACUAAAAUCACUUUAUGAUUUGGAGGGACUAGACAAAUUGGAAGAUUCAGAUGAUGAAGAUGAUGAUGACAACGACGACGAAGAAGAGGAGGAAGAAAAAGAAGAUCCAGUUAAGAUAUUUGAUCUACCCUGGAGCCAAUUUGGAGAAAUUAUGGAGGCAAAGGCGAAAGAUGGUCGAAAAAGUGAGACUACAACUCCAGAGCCAAGUGCAAAUGAUCUUUCAAUAAAGGAUGAGGAAGAAGAAGAAGAAGAGGAACAAGAAGAAGGAGAAGAGGAAGAAAUAGAGGAACAAGAAGGUGAUGAGGAAGAGGGAGAAAAUGGCGGUGAAGAUGAAGGUAACGGGAGUGUUAAAGAUGAAACAGAAGAUGAAGAAACUAAUGAAGAGGCUAGUGAAGAUGAAGAAGAUGAAGUGAAUAGUAUCCACACGUCUGAGGCCAUCAACGAGAUGCUUGCCACAAGAACCAAAUUAGGUCUUUUCACUCGUCAAGCUCCUAGAUUCUUUUCCACAACUAUCCCAAGAAUGUCCGAUCUUAAAAUUGAAAGAGUUUCACCAGGUGAUGGUGUUAACUUCCCAAAACAAGGUGACUUAGUUACUAUCCACUACGUCGGUACCUUAGAAAACGGUAAAAAAUUCGACUCCUCAAGAGACAGAGGUAAACCAUUCCAAACUAACAUUGGUGUCGGUCAAGUCAUCAAAGGUUGGGAUGAAGGUAUUCCACAAUUAUCCCUUGGUGAAAAAGCUAUCCUAACCAUUCCAGGUUCAAAAGCUUACGGUGACCGUGGGUUCCCAGGUUUAAUUCCUCCAAAUGCUACUUUAAUCUUUGAUGUUGAAUUAUUGAAAAUUAACUAG